CCGUAAGUCAGGCUUGGCAUUCAAAUUUCGAACGCGUCGAGCAACAACAGUUCGAAUUUGGUGAAAUCAAUGCGUAGAAAGUGAAUCGAGGCUUACGCAAAGUUGGGGGAAAAGUGAAAAGCUGCGGAAAACUUGGCUGGCCAAAAAACAAAAAUACAUUUGGACGCAACUGCAUUUGGCUGCUUAAGACUGAGAUUGCGUGCUCCACUCGAUUUACCUGGCCAGGAGCUGGAGCCACAGCCACACACCUGGACGAGCGGCGGUCCACCUGCCGGCUUAGAUGCGUCUGAUCCAAACGGCAACUGGCGGUGCUGCUGCGACCGUUCUGCAGACCCAGUCCCAGUCGCAGUACAACUACACCAGCAUGCGUGAAGAUGAUAUCGAGCUGGCCAUUAAAGUGGUCAUUGUGGGUAAUGGCGGCGUGGGCAAAUCUUCGAUGAUCCAGCGCUACUGCAAGGGCAUAUUUACCAAGGACUACAAGAAAACGAUUGGAGUGGAUUUCCUAGAGCGCCAGAUUGAGAUCGACGGCGAAGAUGUGCGCAUUAUGCUGUGGGACACCGCCGGCCAGGAGGAAUUCGACUGCAUCACAAAGGCCUACUACCGCGGUGCCCAGGCCUCCGUGCUGGUCUUCUCGACGACGGAUCGAGCUUCGUUCGAUGCGAUCAAGGACUGGAAACGCAAGGUGGAGAACGAGUGCAACGAGAUACCCACGGUGAUUGUGCAGAACAAGAUCGAUCUGAUCGAACAGGCGGUGGUCACCGCCGACGAGGUGGAGACGCUGGCCAAGCUGCUCAAUUGCCGGCUCAUUCGCACCUCCGUCAAGGAGGACAUCAACGUGGCGUCCGUGUUCCGCUACCUGGCCACCAAGUGCCAUCAGCUGAUGACCCAGAGCUACGAUCAGGCCGCCGGAAAUGCGCAGAACUCCAGCCACCCGCCCUACAGCAGCACGCCCACGAUCAGCGCCUUUAGUCCGACCUUCACCAAGUCCAGCAGCGGCACCAUCGUCCUCCGUCCGGCGAAGAAAGGUCAUGGCUCCAGCGUGGCCCGGAAGCGCAAAAUAGUGCUCAAGAAGUGCGGAAUAUUGUGAAGAGUAGUCGAAAUAGCUGGAUGGAUGGAUGGAUGGAUGGAUGGGGCGACUUGGCUGGCAAUUAAUAAUUGGAGCAUAUUUAACGCUUAAUUAUUUUGGAGUCUAAUGAAGUCGUAGAUGGGUGGCCAGCCAACCGUUGGAUGCAACCACAGCCAUUCACUAGUCGUGCACAGACUCCGCGUGAUGUGGUUCAGACAUGCUUACGGAGCAGCAGAGAUAAUCGGAGGCAACAAAGUGGAUCUUCGGAUUAAACCACGAAGAGGAGAUACCCUUGCAGAGUUACAGAACAACUUUAUAUGUAAACUAAAGUAGAAGAAAACUUUUGCGGCUAAUAAGUUCAAAGAAUGUACCUGGAAAAGGUUUCAAGCACACAAUUUUAUCGGGCCGGUUCCGAUUUUUGUUAAAUAACUUAUGGUUUCCAGCCUUUUUAAAUUGCCAUUUGGCUUCCGAUACUUUAAAGUCAAAAUUGUACGAGUUUUUUCUGUUUAAUGAAUUUAUAAUAUGUGAAACGUAGGACCAGAACAUUUAAAAAUGCUGAAUUACGAAAACUGUUAAAAUUCAUUUGUUUGAUUUGAUUGAUAUUUAUUGUCUUCACAUUAAUCAAAAUAAUCAUGCCUGAAAUACUUCUAUAUUAAUAUUAAAGACUCCUAGAAUUCCCAAGCACCUCAGAAAUCAGUCACAAGUCUAUAAACCAAAAUAACAUCACCCGUUCUGCAAGGGUAAAUGAGUUCUUCUCGAAUCCACUUACAAAAUGCACAAGCAAGCGCACUGGUAAUUUUUAUAAAAAUUGCCCUAAUUAAUUUUAGAUAUGAAAUCAAAUUUUUAUGUAUUAUGCCCACUUUUCUAUAACGGAGACUGAAGCAGCUUUGCUUUUAUAUCGGAUAUGUAUAUAGAUAUGUUAGCAUGGGUAUAUGCUUGCCGAACCAAGCACAAUUAAAAGACUAUUUAUCACGCUAACACAGCCCAGAUAUCCAUGUGAAAUCCCUUUGCCAAUUUGCUUUGGCCAAAUGUGCAAUUAAUUAUUCAGCUUAUAUAAUUAUUAACUAAUUGCAAGUCAUGUCAAAGCAUAAUUUGACUCGAUUCUUUGUAGACCAAUGCUCACAUUUUAUGCAAAAAAAUCUGUAGCUAGAGCACAUGGAUCACGUAAAUCAUUUAUGUAAGCCGAAUAUGAGAAUAUAAUUAAAUAAUCCUAAGCUUAUUAAUUACUGUAUUUUAAAUUGUAAUGACUCAUUAAAAUA